AUGGGAGUAACGGAGCAAACAGGACAAAGAGGCGUCAGAUGGGCAGAGAGCCAGACGUACAAUAACAAAAGCAACAGCAAAAGCAAGAUCAAGGUACCCAACACAGCAACACAGCAGAGUCGGCACGGAGGUCAUAAAAAAAGAAAGGAACACAGCACAGCGGCCGAAGGCAUAUAAGAAAGCGACUAAUCAUCAGAAAUAUCUCGGAAACACGCAUAGUGCUACAGUAGUCUAGUAGUCACCAGCGAAC